AUGUCUGAACUAUAUGAGCUAUGUAAAAAAGUUAAGCCGCUAAUAGUGUUUUUAAUGGAAACCAGAGCUAGUAAGGUUAAAAUGGAUAGGGUAAAAAGAAAGCUGAAUUUUGAUUAUAUGUUUUGUGUGGAACCCCGGGGCCUGUCCGGCGGUCUAAGCUUGUUAUGGAAAUCUAAUACAAAUAUUAAUGUUUAUGAGUGGUGUGACAAUUAUAUUAAAGCAGAUAUUAAUAUUAAUAAUGAUUUGAAUUGGCAGGGUAUCUUUGUGUAUGGGAAUCCAGUUUUCCAGAAACGAAGGAAAUUAUGGCAGGAACUCACGGUAAGCAACAUGAACCAGGAUGUAGCUCAAGCCUUUUUGGGAGACUUUAAUGAUAUUUUAAAUCAAGAUGAGAAGGUAGGUAUUCAUCCCCAACCAAAUAUUUAUCUUGAAACUUUUAGAAGGUUUGUUCAUGAUAAUGGCUUAAUAGAUAUUGACCUAAAAGGUAAUAAGUAUACUUGGUUUAGUAAUCCUAGGAAUAAUGUUAUAACUAGGGAAAGACUUGAUAGAGUAUUAGUAAAUUGGAAAUGGAUGCAAAUACACCAGAAUGUCACCUUAAGAGCCUCUCCAGCUAUUACCUCGGAUCAUUGCGCUUUAAUUUUGGACACGCAGCGGAGUGUUCGGAUAAAAAAGGAGUUCAGGUUUGAGGCCUACUGGGCAGAGCAUGAAGAGUGCAGAGAGGUGAUCAAAAGGAGCUGGCAACGGGAGGAUGGAAAUAGUAACUGUUGGAACCAAUUCAAAAUAAAGAGGAAUAGAUGCAAAAGGGAAUUAGUGGAAUGGAGCAGUAGGAGUUUCAGAAGAGCAGAUAAAGAAAUAGAGAGGAAGAAAUUAGAACUUCAUCAGAUUCAAGAGUCACAUAUGAAUGAAGAGGAACAAAGAAGGGAAAGAGAAUUGAAAAAGCAAAUCUCAGAACUCUGGAAACAAGAAGAGAAAUAUUGGGGGCAAAGGUCAAGGCUGAAAUGGUUAAAGUGGGGCGACAAAAAUACAACAUUCUUUCAUGCGACUACAAUUCAGAGAAGAAUAAGGAACAGAAUUGAAAAACUUAGAGAUGAGACAGGGCAGUGGACGCAAGGGGAAGCAAAUAUUAUGAGAUUAGUUGAAAGACAUUUCACCAAACUUUUCACAUCUGCAGGAAAUAGAAACCUAGAGGAAUGUGUAACAGAAAUUCCAAAAAGAGUCACGACAAAGAUGAAUGAGGAGUUAAUGGCAAUCAUCACGGAUGAGGAAAUAAAGGAGGCAGUGUUUAGCAUGGGAGGAUUAAAAGCACCAGGCCCAGAUGGUUUAAAUGGAAUGUUCUAUCAACAACAUUGGGAUAUUUUGAGUAGAGAAGUGUGUGGGGUAGUCAAGCAAAUUUUCAAAGAGGGCAAGUUACCGGAGGACAUGGGAGAAACUACUGUUGUGUUGAUACCGAAAAUGAGACAACCAGAAAGCCUGAACCAACUCAGACCCAUAAGCUGUUGCAACUUCGUGUACAAGAUCGUGACAAGGAUAUUGGUGGGAAGACUAAGGAAAGUAUUAGAUGAUAUUAUCUCACCAGUUCAGAGUGCAUUUGUAAAAGGAAGACUUAUACAAGACAAUAUAGUGAUUGUGCAAGAAGCUUUUCACAAAUUAAACAAAAAAGGAAAGCAUGAAAGCAAUGACGUAGCCAUUAAAUUGGAUAUGAACAAGGCAUAUGACAGGCUGGAAUGGGAUUUCCUACAAAGGGUAAUGGAAGAGUUUGGUUUUAGCAAAGAGUGGAUCACAUUGACGAUGAGCUGUGUGAAAAGUGCUACUUAUAGAUUCAAAAAAAAUGGCAAGCUAUCAACCAACAUCAUUCCACAGAGAGGCCUUAGACAGGGAGAUCCCUUAUCACCCUAUUUAUUUAUUUUGGCUGCGGAGUAUUUUACUAUUCUCAUGGAAAAAGCGAGGAAGGAAAAUCUUAUAUCAGGAAUUAAGCUUGCUCCAACGGCACCGGUCAUUACACAUCUAUUAUUUGCUGAUGAUUGUAUUAUCUUUGCAGGGGCACAAGAAGAGGAGAUUUAUCAACUUAUCCAGGUGAUAAAUAAGUACACAGAAGCAUCAGGGCAAAGGAUCAACAUUGACAAAUCUGGGCUGAUUUUUGGAAGGCAGGUAUCAAUACAAAGGAGGGUGAAUAUUGAGGAAAUCACUGGAAUGGCAACAUGGGAAGAUCCAGGAAGAUAUCUAGGGCUACCAGCAAGAUGGGGAAGAUCCAAGAACAAGGCUUUGGAGUGGAUUCAAGAGAAGAUGCUGGAUAAGAUGCAAGGAUGGAAAGAAAGAUUAUUAAAUCAGGCCAGAAAGGAAGUGUUAAUAAAAGCAGUAAUACAAGCAAUUCCUGUCUAUGCCAUGAAUAUCAUAAAAUUUCCCAAAUCCUUUUGUAAGAGAAUUGAAGCAGCAAUAGCCAGAUUCUGGUGGAAGAGCAACGGAAAGGAAAGAAGCAUUCACUGGAAGAGUUGGGCAAAAAUGACUAGGAGCAAAGCAAAGGGAGGUUUGGGAUUCAAGGAUUUAGAAUGCCAAAAUAUAGCACACCUGGCCAAACAAGCUUGGAGGUUGUUAAAAGAAGAGGAUGCUAUAUGGGUUCAAACGCUAAAGGCUAUUUAUUACCCCAAUUGUAGUCUAUGGGAGGCGGAUAUGGGAAGGAAUGCAUCUUGGAUAUGGAAAAGCCUGCUCGAAGGAAGGGAUUUUCUUAGAAGGAACGGAAGAUGGAGUAUUGGAAAUGGAGCGGAGGUUGAUGUUUGGCAAGACAAUUGGGUAACAGGGCUAGGGAAGUUGGAAAAAAACGGAGAUGGAGGAAUUAGAAAAGUAAAUGAACUGAUUAGAGAAGGGGAGGGUUGGGACAGGAACAAAAUUGAAGAUAUAUUUCAUGGAAGUAUAGCUGAGCAAAUAAUCAAAACACCAGUCAGCAUGAUCAAUAAAAAGGAUCAUCUCAUUUGGCAGCACAGACAUGAUGGACAAUACACAGUAAGAACCGGUUACCAUGUCGCUAAGGAAGAGAAGGAGUCAAAGGAAGAGGGAAGAAUAUGCAAGGCUUCAACUAGUCAGGAUUGGAAGGAGGUUUGGGAAGCUAUAUGGAGACUACCGAUACCCCAAAAGAUUAGAAUGUUUUUGUGGAAAGCAGCGAACAGAAUUCUGCCAGUCAACGCGAUUUUACAUCAGCGGAGAAUUAUAAAGACGCCCACAUGCAGCAUAUGCCAGAAAGAGGACGAAACAAUCGAACAUGCGUUAUUAUUGUGUCCGUGGACUAGAGCAGUAUGGUUCGGCUCAAGCAUACAAGUUGCGCCUACAGCCUAUAAUGUAAGGAAUUUCGGAAGGUGGAUGAUGGAGAAAAUCACAAGAAUAAAGACUGAAACAGGGAGUGAACAAGGAAAAAUUUUAUGCAAAUUUGGAUAUUUGUGUUGGUGCAUUUGGAAAGCAAGAAACCAGCAUAUAUUCCAGCAAACAGAAAUCAAUCCACAAAAAGUAAUAAUCCAAUCAGAUUACCUAACAGCAGAAUUUUACAAGGCAACACAAGGAUCUACUACAGCAAUCACACCAAAUAUGGGCAGAGGCGGAGUGAGAAAAAGAAUUACCUGGAGACCACCGCCAAAGAAUAGGCUGAAAGUGAACACAGACGCAGCUUUCCAUAAGGAUACGGGUCAGGCAUCUCUAGCAGCGGUAGUUAGGGACUGGCAAGGAAAGGUCAUCACUGGGACAACAGGAACAAUCAAGACAAUAUCACCAUUAACAGCGGAAGCUCAAGCAUACAGAGAGGCACUCAUUCUCAUUAAGAAUCUUCAAAUACACAAUUGCAUAAUUGAAACAGAUAGCUUACCUCUUGUUCAAGCAAUCAAGGCGAGAACGCCUAUAGCAGAAGCAGAUGCAGUCAUGCGGGAUAUUUUCCAACUGCUGGAUGAGGCUUCAGAUGUGGGAGCUACCUGGACUCCAAGAGAUGGCAACAAACUAGCUCACCAACUGGCAGCAACGGCGGCGGGAAAUUAUCUUCCGAGACAGUGGGUAACGAACCCACCUGAUCAAGUAAGGAACAUAAUUAGAUCAGAAGCAAUACUCGUUUCAUGUCAACAUAUACAAGAAACCCAGAUUCUAGGAAUUCAGACUCUAGCCAGCAACAAUUCUAUUUCAAUCAAACUUCAAAAUUUGCAAUUAGAGGAGAAUUUACCUGGUGGGGUGGAAAUGGAAACCCGGGACAAGCUACCAGUGAAUAGCAAGGAGAAACUUUGUUCUUCUGCAGUGAACCUGGCCAUUGAUGCACCACAGGCUCCACAACAACUUCACGGGAAAGCCAUUGAGAGAGGAGUACUGCGCGGGUAUGCGAGUGGGAGGAGGACUCCGGAGGCAGAGUUGAAGAUGUCAUCCGAGGCAAGACAAAUUACGGGCUUAAAUCAACAGAAAACCCUCAGGAUAACGGGCGCCAUAGCCAUUGGGGAGAGCAGGAGCUCGAAUCAGGAACAUGCACCAAGGUUAGAAGGAGCAGAAUGCAGGGAUGAAGUGCUCAUAGUGAGGGACGGAGAAGACCAGGCGAAGAAACCAUUAAAGCGACUUCAGCUUUUGCCAGAAGAGUCCAACGAAGCCACCAAGAGACCCAACGAUGAACGGACACCCCGCCGGCUUACCAAGGAACAACAACAACGAAUGGCACCGGAAAUGGAGCUGCUGAGUCCGCCCAUGAAGAAUCAAUACAGGAUCAGUACAUGCAUGAAGAUGCCGAACUAA